UUAUUAUUUCUGAGGUGUGAUGGCGGCUAUGAAGUGCAACAGGUGUUUCGGGCAAAUUUAUUUACAAUGUUUUUUGUAUUUCUUAAUAUUUGCUGCUAAUUGUUGUGAUGCACAACCACAAGUGUCUACUGAAAUUCCAGCUGUCUGGAGUUCAACACAUUAUCAUCAUUAUAAUGAAUUAAAAGAAACCCUUCAUAAACUAGCGCAAGAUUUUAGUUCUUUAGCAAAUGUAUAUUCUAUUGGACAAAGUGUUGAAAGGCGAGAUCUCUUCGUUAUUCACAUUACAUCAAAUGUGACUAACGUAAAACCGAUGUUUAAAUAUGUUGCAAAUAUACAUGGGAAUGAAGCAGUUGGUCGGGAACUGCUUUUGCAUUUGGCGCAUUAUUUGCUUCACAAUUACGGAAAAGAUGCGAGAGUCACCAAAUUAGUAGAUUCUGUUGAUAUUCAUAUUAUGCCUUCUGCCAAUCCUGAUGGAUUUGAAGCCGCUACAGAAGGCGAUUGCUAUGGUACAAGACAGCCUUCAGGAAGAGAGAAUGGUAAUGGUGUUGAUCUGAAUCGUGAUUUUCCUGACCAAUUUAAUAUAACGAAUAUGAAUAAUAUGACUGCAGGCCGUCAGCCAGAGACCUUAAGUCUCAUGACAUGGAUUGUUUCUAACCCAUUUGUCUUAUCUGCUAAUUUGCACGGAGGAGCUGUGGUUGCAAGUUAUCCGUUUGACGAUUCAAAAUUUCAUACAGUUUUUGGACAGAAGAGCCCUUCUCCAGAUGACAGAAUGUUUCAACAUCUUUCACAUGUGUAUGCAAAUUCUCAUGCAACCAUGCACAAAGGAAAUGUUUGUCAAGAUGAUGACUUUAAAGAUGGUAUAACAAAUGGUGCCGAAUGGUAUGAUGUUCCUGGAGGAAUGCAAGAUUUUAAUUACAUGUUCAGUAACUGCUUUGAAAUAACAUUGGAAUUGUCAUGCUGCAAAUACCCAAAGGCUGAAAACUUGUCAAUCGAAUGGGAAAACAAUAAAGAGGCUCUUUUAUCAUUUAUGGAACAGAUUCACAUGGGUAUCAAAGGCAGAGUUGUAAAUUCUGAAACUAAACAAGGCAUUGAACAAACUUUUAUACAAGUUAAUGGCAUUAAUCAUAAUGUUACAACCACAAAAACCGGUCACUAUUGGAGAUUGUUACUGCCUGGAAUUUAUACUGUUGUAUUUUCUUCUUAUGGGUAUCGACCUGUGACCAAAUUAGUUGUUGUUAAAGAAGGAGUUGCUGAAGAAGUUAAUGUUGAAUUGCAUCCUGAGCCUUUGCAACAGUUAAAAGAAAUUACUCCUGCAAAUGGUGUUCUUCCAGUUAUUGUUGUAACUCCUAAUUCUACUUCAUCAACUUCCACAACAGUUGUUCCAUCUUUGAAAGAAUAUUCAGCUUCAACAAUUAAUAAUAUGUCCAGUUCUAGCACAUUCUCAUUUACUGAUGUUUCAAGUACCCUUUCUGCAUCAAGUACUCCAGAAACACCUAAUAAACAUGACACAAAUAUUGAAAUAUCUUCAUCUCAACUGGAAUUCAAGCACCAUCAUUAUGAUGAUUUAGUUGCUAUUUUGAAGAAUGUUACUAGAAAGUGUCCAGAAAUUACAAAAAUGUAUAGUAUUGGUCAGACAGUAGAAAACAGAGAACUGUAUGUUAUAGAAAUGAGUGAUAAUCCUGGUAUUCACGAGCCAGGUGAACCAGAAUUCAAAUAUGUUGGAAACAUGCAUGGAAAUGAAGUUGUUGGUCGUGAACUACUUUUAUAUUUAGUUCAAUAUCUUUGCAAUCAAUACAAAAUUGAUUCUCAAAUCAAAUAUUUAUUAGAUAAUACAAGAAUACAUAUUAUGCCUUCAAUGAACCCAGAUGGCUAUGAAAAAGCAAGAGAAGGAGAUUUUGAUGGUUUUGGAGGCCGAGAAAAUGCAAAUGGUAUUGAUCUAAAUAGAAACUUUCCAGAUCAAUUUCAUUCAACAGAUGAAAAUGCUAUUCUUCAACCUGAAACAAGAGCUGUUAUUACUUGGAUUUUAUCUGAGCCCUUUGUUUUGUCUGCCAAUUUACAUGGUGGGGCACUUGUUGCAAAUUAUCCUUUUGAUGACAAUGCUGAAAAUAUUGAUAGAUAUAGUAAAAGUCCUGAUGAUGAAGUUUUCCGUCGGCUAGCCACUGUUUAUUCCCAAAAACAUCCUACAAUGCAUCUAGGUCUGCCAUGUGGUGGUCAAGGUAAGCUGAAUGAAUCUUUUCCUGGUGGCAUAACCAAUGGAGCAGCAUGGUACAGUGUGGCAGGUGGAAUGCAGGAUUGGAAUUAUCUGCAUAGCAAUUGCUUUGAAUUAACUAUUGAGGUGGGGUGUAAGAAAUAUCCAUAUGCUAGUGACCUUCCAAAAUAUUGGAGCGACAAUAAAGAAUCUCUUAUAGCAUACAUUCAACAAGUUCAUUCUGGAGUUAAUGGUUUUGUAUUAGAUAAGAAUGGAAAUGGCAUUCGGAAUGCUUCUAUUCAUGUGAUUGGAAUCGAUCAUGAUGUAGUUUCAGCAAAUUUCGGCGAUUAUUGGCGACUUCUGGCUCCUGGAAAUUAUGUUAUAGUAGCAUCGUCUCAUGGAUAUUCUCGCAGUUCAAGAGAAGUGGUUGUUCCUGAUGAUACUCAUGGCAUUCAAGUUAAUUUUACUCUGGAUAAUGAAUAUUUUGACUGGUUACAAAAAGAAGACUUUGGAAUUCUAGAUAAUAUUGAUGACAGAUAUCUAAAUAAUAUAGAAUUGCAUAGCUCAUUAUUAAAGUUGAAGAAUGAAAAUCCACAGCUUGUUAAAUCAAUGGCAAAUAUUGGUCAUGAUGGUAUGCAAGCCUUCAAUUUCAUAAUAGUGUCAUCAGAGGUUGAAAAAAGUGAUCAUAAACUCAAAAUAGCAGUUAUUGGAGGCCUUCAUAGCAACCAGCCUGGUGGGCGUGAAAUAUGUGUGAGGCUUGCUAGACACCUUGUUGAAGGUUACCGUUUUGGUAAUCCAGCCAUCAAGAAAUUACUAAAUGAUGUUGCUAUUCAUAUUUAUCCUUCAGUGGAUAGCAGAAGAUUUAAAAACUCACAUGAGUCUAUCGAUACAGAUUUAGAUUUUGGUGAUAAAUUUGGAGAAGAAUAUGCUGGAAUAUUUGGUCCAGUUGAAGGUUUAAAAAUUAAUCUUGAUUCUUAUCAUUACUCAUCUUUAAUCAGCAUUGAAGGAGGAGGAUUGGACAUAAGCUUUCCUUAUUCUAUUAUUGAAAAUCAAGAGAGUCAGGAUGCUGAUACUUUUAAAUUUUUGUCUCGAUCCUUCAUUUCUCAUCAUCAGUUGCUGUCUAAAGGUACUAUGUGUGGAGAAAAGAAUUCCUCUAAUCUUGAUCAAGAUCCCAAUUCGCUUUUGAGCUAUGCAUAUGUAAACCAUGGUACAAUAGCAAUGGCUGCUCAUGUAAGCUGCUGUGAUCGCCCAGAACCUAAUGAACUCCCUCAACUUUGGGUUAAUAACUUACAACCAAUGAUGCAUUUUCUGCAAGCUUCUUCUCAAGGUGUGUUUGGCCAUAUUAGAAACAGCAAUGGCUAUCCAUUAAAGGAUGCUUCAUUAAUGUUACUUCCAAAUAAAAGAAUCAUUCCUGUUGAAAAAAAUAAUGCAUUUUUUGCUGCAACAUUAGCUAGUGGUUCAUAUGAACUUGUGUUUUCAUGUCCACAUCAUGAAAAUGCAACAAAAUCAGUUGUUAUUGCUGAAAAUAAACUGAUAGAACUUGAUGUAGUAUUAGAUCCUGUUGCCACUGAAAUCAAAACUCAUGAUGAUGCUUCAAUGGAAAAAGCUUUAAAGUUAAUUGCUCAACAUUAUUCAUCAAUUGCAAAAUUAUUUAGCAUUGGAAGAAGCAAAGGCAAUCGAGAACUGUGGGUUUUAAAAAUUAGCCCUCCUAAUGCAAAUGAUUCUAUUCUACCAUCAGUGCGCCUUGUUGCUGGAUUAAAUGGAUUUGAACCAGUAGCAUCAGAAAUUUUACUACAAUUUGCUUUUGAGUUAGUUACACUUUAUGGCAAAGAUACAGCCAUCACUAAUAUCAUAAAUGGAACAAUCAUAUAUAUUGCUCCUUUAUUGGAUCCUGACAGCGAUGUGUCUCCAAAAAACAAAGAAUGUUCACUUAUAAAGAGAUCUAAUGAUGUACUAAAUAGAAAUUUUAAAGAUAGUGAAACCACUAAUAUCCCAGAAAUUGAAGCUUUAAAGAAGUGGAUUGCUGCCAACCCUUCUGUUUUGUCUGCUUCUUUUUAUGGUGGUGCAGAAGUAAUAGCUUAUCCUUUUCAAGAAUCUCCUCCAACUGCUGCUUUGACAAAGGAAGAGGAAAAUGUGUUCAAGCAGCUUGCUAAAGUUUAUAGUGCAAGCCACCCUACCAUGCAUAAUGGUCAUUUUACCUGCAUGUCAAAAACUUAUGAAUUUUCUGAUGGUAUUUCAAAAGCGUCGUCUUUACACUCUCACAAAGGAAGUUAUUUGGAUUUCAAUUAUCAUUCUGGUGAAGGUUAUGAUUUAGCAAUGUAUAUUGGAUGCUGCUCAUUUUUAGAACCAGAAGAAAUGGCAAAAGUAUGGUUAAAUAAUAAAAAACCAUUGCUAAAUUUUGUAAGACAGGCUAGAAAUGGAAUUUCUGGAUCUAUAAAAUCAGAUGAUGAUAAACCUUUGCCUCGUGCUAAGAUUACUGUGCAUGGAUUUAGUAGAUCCUUUACAAGCAACCAAGAAGGAUUUUAUCAUAUUCUAGUUUUCUCAGGAGAAUAUGUUGUUAUGGUUAAUGCAGAUGGAUAUCUUCCAUUAACAAAGAUUGUUCAUGUAUAUCCUGGGGAAGCUACUCUUGUUGAUUUCAAAUUAAAGAAUGAUGGUCGUAUUGCUGGUGUUCCUAGACAUUCCUUUUUCAUAAUUUUAGGUUCAAUAACCCUUUUGUUGCUGGUAACAACACUAUGCAUUUAUAGUACUAUCCUGUACAGAAGGCGAAGAGGUUAUGCAUUUCACAAACUCGACCAGGGUCAAUGUUUAUUUGAUGAGGAUGAAGUUCCUGGCUCAUUAAAACUGAGCUCAAAUAAAGGAUUGUUAAAAUCAUCAGAAUAUCAUGAUGAUACUUCAUCUGAAGAUGAACUUUAUAAUACCUAUGCUUGGAAGAAUGGUCGCCAAACACAGAAAAAAUGGCUACUGAGUUCACCAUGAUGUUUAGAACAGCUGUGAUGUUUUGCAUAAGUACUUCCUAGAAUCUUUGGUAUUCCAUCUGAAAUUUUGUUUUUUGUCAGAAGUAUUUUAAUGUGUUUUUUAAAUGAUCCAAUGUUUAUUUUUCUAAUAAAUGUUAAUAAAGUAUAUUUUUAAUUAAUACUAUGUAAAACAUUUUAAAUAUGUAUGCUUAUAAUUCAAAGUUUAGUAUUGUUUUAUGUUUUUUAAAGCAAUGCUGUAUAUUCUCAAGAGAAUAUUUUUAAUGGUAAAUAAGUUCACUCGAUAAAUUGUUUUUUAAUAACAUGUAAUAAACAUUUAUGCAUAAAAAGAAAAUUAUGAUAUUAUUAACUUUGAAGAGCUUACAGAUUAUUAAUAUUUAUUGAGGUUGUGAAUUUACGUAUUCUCUCACCUUAAAUUAAGGUAAAAUUAAAAUAACUUUAUGAUUCUUCUAUUGUUUAUAUUUGUGAUGUGAUGUUUUUCUUUGAACAAUUUGUGUUAAAAUUGUAUAUUUAUGUUAUAGUCUAUAUAUAUAACAUUGUUAUAAUUCCUGGAUAUGAUUUAUAAUUUGUUAUAUUUUGUAAGUAUUCUUAAAUAUAAUCAUGGUUGAUUAUAAUCUAUAAAUUCACUUGAACUACCAGUUGUUACAGACUUAAUUGCAAAUUAUUGAAAAUGAGGUCAUUUUUAAACAAUCUGUUUCCAUAUUAAAACUUUUUAUCAAAAUAUCUUUAUAAUUAAUCAUAACGAUCUAUUAUAAUAAAAAAAUGUUUGAUUUUGUGUUUUUCUUAAUUCAGCCUGAUUUCACUGUAACUAUUUUUUAGCACUUUUUUUAAAAUACUAUGUAUAAUAUGUGAGAUAAGCAUUGCAUUCAAAUCACAUAAUAUAAGGAAAUUCCUUCUCUGUACUUAACUUCAAAGUACUAAAUUAAUCUGAUGUAUUAUUUAUUUUAUAUACAUUGAAAUUAUAACAUAGCACUAGGUUUCUGUGAUUAAAUUUGUGAUAUAAUGCUUGUACUUCUCAGUUUGUGUAAAAUUAUUUCAUAUAAUUGAUUGAAUGCUUUAUUAUUAAUAAAGAUUAUUACCUCAGAAACUUAGAUAAAUAAUCAUUAAAUGAAUACUGUACUAUAUGGAUAUUAUUCCAUUAAAUGUUUUUAGAUAAGUGGUCAGAAUCUCAUACCAGAUGUAUUUAUAAUAUGUAACAUGAUAUUUUAUUGUCUAAACUCUUGAAAGAGUCAACUAUGAAUUUUGUUUCUUGAAGUUACCAUGUGAAAAAUUCAAAAUUUUUCUAUUAUAUUAUUCCUGUAAAAUUGGGAAAUUAUUAGUCUAUCAUAAACUAAAAAAUUUCGUAAAUCAUUUUUGUAAUUUUUUUUUUUUUAUUCUAUGCAUUAAUUUCUUGUCAUUAAAAAGUAUGUCAACAAAAAUGGAUCAAAUUUUAAAAAUGAGCAUGAGGUAUUGGAUGUAACAUCUAGUUAUAUGUCCUUUUUUGUCAUUUCAUCGUUUCAAAAAAAUGCAUCAUAAAUAAAUAGUAAGAUCUGUUAAAAGAACAAUUUUUAAUCGUUGAUUUAAAUGGAUUAUAUAUAUGAAUAAAAUGCUUUUUUAUUCAUAAUUCAUUUUAAAAAACUGAAUCAUCAUUAUGUUAUCUUUGUUUGAAUAGUUUUUUUAUAUAUAUAUUUAUACUGAUCUUAAUGAUCGAAUGUUUAUAUUAUCUACAUAUACUUCUGUUUAAAUUAGCAUCUUAACUUCGUGUCAUAGGCUGUCACCAAAUAAUUUGGCAUAUGCCAGUAUUCUCACAAUCAGAAGCUUAUAUUCUAUGUGGAGAAUGAAACAAUUUUAUAUACUCUCUUUGCAUGUAUGUACAAACAAUUUGGCCAUGAAACCGAUAGGCAAUGGUCAUCAAAUUUUUUCAAAGAUUAAUUUCUACCAACUUGCUGAACAUAAUAUUUUCAUACAAAGCUUCUUAAUAUUAUCUGAGAAACUUAUUAAAACUGUUCUUUUAAUCAACAAAAUUUAAUGUUGAAUCUAAAACAUUUAGAAUACAAAAUUACAACUUCAGCUUUACACUUGUAAAUAAAGUUUUUGGAAAAUAUUUUACUUAAUAUUAGUUGGUAGACAUAAGUAAUAAAGUAUUAUUUAAAACUUAAAUAUUGUAUGUAUUUUAGUAUAUUUUUUUCCAGCAUAGCAAAAUUAUUAUGCAUUAGUAAUAUAAGAUCUAUUAUUAUAAAUACAUGGUUUUUAAUUCCACCAAAAAUAUUUACUUACAUAUGCAUUGAAAAGAGCUAAUUUUUAAUAGUUUUUUUUUUUAGAUAUCUAAAUAAGAGCUGGUUCUGGUUGCUGUGAUUGUAGAUAUGUAUUUGAAAAUUUAUGUACAUAUAUAUGUAGUGUACUUAGAGACAUUUAUAUUGAUGCAAUAAAUUAUUUUCGUAAUUUUGUU